GUGAAAAUUGUACAAGUUUGAAAAAUAGCCUACCAACAUCAAUAAUUCUGAAAAUUUAAAUAUAAAAUGUCCGAGAUGGAUGUAUCUGAGAGUGGAAGUGAUUACUCAAAUGACUUGUUGUUACUGGAUAGAGUCUUUUUGCGACUCGGUAAUGCUGAUACUGAUGAGCAGCUCGAAAGUUGCCUUAAUAGAUUCCUGCCGCCUGUUAUAUUGAAGUUAUCAUCUUCACAUGAACAGGUCCGCACUAAAGUGAUGGAGCUACUGGUGCAUGUAAAUAAGAGGGUGAAAUGUCGUGCUGAAGUAAAAUUACCUGUACAAACACUUCUGCAACUUUACAUGGAUCGUAAUUCCAACAGUUUUAUAAUUAAUUUUUCCAUCAUUUACAUUACAAUGGGGUUUCCGAGAUUACCCCAUGAACAACAAAUUAUUUUAGCUCCAUCACUGAUAGAAGCAAUGGAUAAUAAGCCCCAGGGACAUCAAGACGGCCUUCUAAUGUUGGUAAUGCCUCUGUUGGGUGAAAUUAAGGAAACAGAUCUAAAUUUGAAAGAAAAGCCAAAGCUGGCCACAUUAAUAGUAAAAUUUGCCACCGAUAUACUUCUGUUGCCCUACAGAGCAUUGCCCAAUCAAGGAGAGACUGAGUUUCAAGUUCCACCAGGAAUGAGUAUGAAAUCUUACAAGAGAUUGGUUGAGAAAAAUCUUUUGAAUCCAAAUCAACUAGAACAGAUAAAGUUGUCUAUUGUGAAAUUUAUAAGCAAAGACGUCUUCAAUGACAACGAUGUGCUUUUACCAUUGAUUGUCGCCGCAGCUGACUCACGAUUCAGCGUUGCCAAUCACGCGAACAGCCCCCUCAUUAGAGUGAACAGCUCUGUAGACUGGUCGCAGCCAUCAGUGGUAUUCCCCUUAUACUCUCUAUAUUUAGGCACUUGGGGAGGCUCCAAAGUGCCUCCAGACGAUCGCAAGGUACCGGCUUGUACGCGCCUGCGAUUGAAAUUAAUACAAUAUUUGAUUAAGGCCACCGGUCCGGCGGUUUUGUUUCCGCAUUGUGUUCAGGUGGUAUUCGUGUCGUUGUUCGAUCCGAACACAAACUCGCGUUUACGCAACCAAGGACUCGUGUUCUUGUCGAACGUGAUCAGUUCCGGCGAUCUUCUCCAGCUACAGAAAGUAUCGACAGUAUUCCUACAAGGUCUGCUGAAGAUAAUCAGAUCUGAAGAGCAUCCUGAACAUCAACCUAAAGCCUACGUCUGUCUGGGUCGUCUAGCGAUAAAGUGCCCUGACUGCGUGAGCAGCGGCCAGUUCUCGUUGCUCGAAGAGUUAAUAAAGAAAAUCCCAGAAGCCCCGCCCGAGAUCAAAACGGCCAUACGAGACGCGCUACUCGACAUGGCCGUAGCUUACAAGACAAGUUUUGCAGAGAAGCAAAAUUCUAAAGCCACGACACCGACUGAAGUCCCGUGCUCAUCUCAAGAUAAGAUGGAUGUCGAUGAAUCUGCUGAGGCUAAACCGAAUUCCGUAUUCGAUGAAACGCAAGCACUAGUCUUGUUCGCUUUGUUGGACCAUUACAUGCAAAACGAGGAGUUGAUGAUACGCUAUAUAGCGAUGCGCUACGCUUCGACCGUGUUCCCGCCCAAGUAUAUACCGGCGCGGUACUUGUUGCUGUUGGCCAGCGGAGACAGCAAAGACGAAAUUUCGACGGAGGCCCUGAAAUGUUUAUACGGGACAUCACGACCGAGCGAGAUAGAGGAUGUCGUAAACAAUGCGGCGAAGAAAGAGACAAAAAUCGUUAUUUUCGACGGAGAGUCGCCCGAUGAAAACAAAGACGUGUCUUCGGAAGGCGUCGACUUGGCCGUGCCGAAGUUCAAAGAUAUGGUCAACUACAUAUGGAAACAAAUGCAGAAGAGGAAGAAGGGCUCGAACGCUAAGCAUAGGUUCGUGAUCAACAACCAGGUGCUGCAGUUUCAUCCGCUGACUUAUCAAGAGAUACUAAGGUAUCUUCGCAUGUGUCUGAACCGCGACGCCGGUCUGAAGGAUUGCUCGGAUCACCCGAACGCGACGUCCCCGCUGCUCGCUAAGUACUUCUACGAGAACCUGCUCGACACGGAGCUGCUCGACCGAUACCUCACGCUGAUCACUUCGGUGCUGAACGCUAGUCCAGAUUUAAUGGCACUAACUUGCUUCUUGGACAUUAUCGGAUGUAUACCGGAGAAGAUGGCCUCAAAGUACACAAAUCUACUGCCUUUCUUGAGAAAUUUGUUCACGACUAGCACCAAAGAACACAUCCGUGACACGUCCGCGGUCAUAUAUGCUAUAAUCUUCGUUCACACCAGCGAAAAAACGGCCAUAGAUAAGGAGAUCUCCGAAUUCGUUACGCUAGGAAAAAACAACAAGUCCCUAGAGAGUCAAUGCGGAUAUUUGAGCGCCUUCGCGAAUGUUUGCGAGAGGGCGGUCGUUUUGUCGACGCGCGGCAAAUUUGGCGGGAAAGGGUUUAGCGCCGCCGACUGGGAACCUUACCAAGAGGCCGCGUUGUGCUUGGCUAAUUUCCUUAUCAGUCCCCAAACGCUAUUAGUGAGCGCCUCGUGUACUGCGAUAUCGCUGCUGGCUCGAUGCUCCGGCCUGCCUCUACCCAAUACAUCGCCCAAAGAGGACACUCUCAUACAGUCGGACAACCCGUUCAACGUAAACAAAACUAUAGAUGAUUCGAACGACGUCGUGACUAAGUUCACCGUCGCUCAGAGACUGUUUAAGAUCGUUGGAAACGCCAAGUUGCCGUCGAAGAUCAAAGAGAGGGCGCUGUAUACGUUAGGCCUUAUGUGCUGCGGGGAAAGGUUGAGUUUCGCCAAACAAAUCGUAAUGGGAUUCCUUGAGAUGGCCAAAGAUAGCAAGGAGUUUGAGAUUCAUUUGCAAAUAGGCGAAUCGUUGGUACUGUGCGUCGAAGGCGUAAAUUCGAACGAAAAUCGAGAUCUUUGGACCGAAUUACCGAAAGAGGGUGCAGAUAAAGUCAAAGAUUCAGAGGCUCUGAAGGAAAACGACGAGUUAUUGGAAUGGUUGUUAGAAGAAUUGUUCAAGAUUGCGAAACAUCCGCAUCCGCAUUCGAGACAGGCCACAAGUAUAUGGUUGCUCGCCUUAUUGAAGAACUGUCCAGAACGUUUCCCCAUUAAGAACAAGGUGCAGGAGUUGCAGGACGCAUUCAUGGACUUCUUGUCGGAAAACAGCGACACAAUACAAGACGUGGCCAGUAAGGGCCUGAGUCUCGUGUAUCAAAACUCUGACGAAACCCAAAAGAAGUCGCUGGUCGGUCAAAUCAUAGAACAACUCACGAGCGGCAAGCGAUCUGUGGCCCAAGUUACGGACGAUACGAAGAUAUUUGAAGAGGGACAACUCGGAAAAGCUCCUACAGGAGGAAAUCUUUCUACGUACAAGGAACUCUGCUCACUCGCUUCUGACUUGAACAAGCCAGAUCUUUUGUACAAGUUCAUGCAUCUGGCGCAUCACAACUCUAUUUGGAAUUCAAAGAAAGGGGCAGCGUUCGGCUUCCACUCCAUAGCGUCGCAAGCCGGGGCCCAGCUGUCCGAGCACCUGCCCCGGAUAGUGCCGCGCCUGUACCGCUACCGGUUCGACCCCACGCCGCGCAUACAGACCUCCAUGACCAGCAUAUGGCACGCCAUCGUGCCCAACACGCAGGCCACUGUUCAAAAAUAUCACAAGGAAAUUCUGGACGAUCUUGUAGCGAACAUGACGUCGAACCAGUGGCGGGUGCGAAUGGCUUGUUGCACUGCCUUGGCUGAACUGUUACGCGGUGCAAAAAGUCUCCACGAUUCGUCGGAGCAGCUGUCGAUGAUCUGGUCGCAACUGUUCCGCGUCAUGGACGACGUGCACGAGGGCACGCGCCAGGCCGCCGCCUCCACCGCCAACACGCUCUCCAAGCUCUGUAUUCGCGCGUGUGACGUCAGUCAAGGAAAAGACGGCAAAGAAAUCGUCGCUAUCAUACUGCCCGUCCUAUUGGACACGGGUAUCACUAACGUAGUGAAGGAAGUCAGGGCUGUGUGUUUGCAAACUGUAUCGAAGCUGGUCGCUUCAGCGGGAGAAAGCCUGAAGCCGUUCCUGCCGAAGUUGAUCCCCGCACUGGUGGGGGCGGCGGGUGAGUUGGAGUCCGCCAAGCUGUCGUACCUCAGCACCGCGCUCGCGGACUCCGGCUCGCGGGACGUGCUCGAUGACAUGAGGGCCAGCGCUGCCAAGCAGCACUACACCACCGACACAGUUGUCAAGUGUAUGCCAUACAUCGACAUCGAGAUCAUGAAAGAGAUGCUCCCUCAAAUCCUGGAGCUGAUGAAGUCACCGCAGCUCGGCACGAAGGUCUCCUGCUGCCACUUCAUAGUGCUGACCGCGCACUAUCUGAGGGCGGACCUCGAGCCGGUCGCGGGGAAGCUCAUGAACAAUCUACUGAACGGAGCCUUCGAUAGGAACGUCACGGUGCGGAAGAAUUAUGCCGAUGCCCUCGGUCAGGUUGCCGCUUUCGCCAAGCCCCAAUCGGUCGAGAAACUGAUGAAGAAGCUAGUGUCGCUGUACGAGACGAAGGAGGACGACGUGUCGCGCUCGGCCAUCGCGCUCACCCUCAAAGCCGUGUCCAAGGCCAAGCUCGAGCACAUCAAGGACAACGAGGCCGUGCUGGCUCCCAUGGUGUUCCUCGCCAUGCACGGGCUGGAGGACGACGCGGAGAUAUUCGAAGACCUAUGGAUGGACAUCAGCCCGGGCCGAGAGACCGGCAUCAAACAGCAUCUGCCCCUCAUACGCACCGAGAUAGAGCGAGCUCUCAACCUGAGCAGCUGGACCAAGAAGAUACAGGCGGCGAACGCCAUAAAGACGAUAUGCAAGGUGCUGUCGGCGGGGCUGGGCGAGCAGAGGGAGCAGUUCGUGCGCUCGCUGCUGGCCGCCAUACACGGCAAGACCUACAGCGGCAAGCACAACGUGGUGCAGGCGCUCGCCGCACUGUGCGCGAUAAAAGACAAGGAAUCUCCACUGUCUCCGGCGCUGGCUAACGAGUGUGUGAACGCGCUGUUGGCGGAGUGCCGCAAGCAGGACAUGGUGUACAAGAAGCACGCCAUCACGGCGCUGGGCGAGGCGCUCUCCGUCGUGCACUGCGACCGGUUCAGUCAAGUCUAUGAGAUUGUUAAAGUUAUACUCUCCAAGGACGAAUCGUCGGUGGGUAAAGAUUCGGACGACGACGACAUAGAGGGCGUGAGGCAGCGACGCGAACAGUUGUCUGAGCUCAAGGAGGCGGCCUACGAGCUGCUCGGCAAGGCAUGGCCCAAGGACUACGAGACACAGGAGAAAUAUCAAAACGAAUUCUUCGAGCAUUGUUCGUCAACGUUCCCCGCGUGCUCGCGCACUACCCAGCUGUCCAUACUGAUGUCCAUCAACUACGUGGUGGAGCGCCUCGUAGUACUGAACGGCAGGGACGAGCCCAUGGACACCGACGCCGAUGACGUCACGCCCGCCGACCGCGACAAGGCCGUCAGCGCUGUCAUCGGACACGUCGGCGCUGUCAUCGACCACACUCUCACAAACAUCAACCAGGUGCGCCACCGACGGGACGCCCUUAAAAUUAUGGAAAUACUUAUCAAACAAUUAAAAGAUCUCAAAAAACCCGAAGAACUCAAUAGGCUAAGGAAAAUAUACCAGAACUACUCGAAAAAUCUAUCGAAGGAUUCAUCACACGAAAUCAGAACCAAUGCCGACAGUAUUAAGGUUCUUCUGGAAAACUGGCCUUAGUAGAUUUUACAUUGACUGUACGCUUUUGGAUUUUCAAUAAAAAGGUUUUGUAUGAUUAAUUUGAAAUAUUGAGUUUAGUAAAAUAAAAAAUCAUUAUAAUAUUAACAUAUUCACAUCAGCAUUUAUUAAAUAAACCUAUGGAAUGAAACAAACGUGCCAAAGCACAACAAAUUUUAGUGAAAAACAAUUCGUAUAAUAUGAUUAACUAAUUUACAAAACAUUGUUUUUUCUACAUUACAUCUCUUAAAAACAUUGCACAAACUUUAUGGUAAUGUUUAAAAUCUAUUCAUAAACUCUAGUAAGUAAUAAAAUAAUUACUUUUAAGAAGUUAAGUGAUUGUUUAAGAAAUAACCUAGUUGCCAUGAAUUUCAAAUAAUAGCCAUCAUCAUUCAGCUAAUAAUAAUUAACAGUGGAACGAGAAACAACUACAUUUCAAUAAGAAAAUUAAAAUGCAUAGAAAAUAGAUACCAGAAUGAAAACUAUGUCUACAUAUAAAUUGUAAACGUGUAUUAAUCUCUAGCCAAAUAAACGUGAAUACAAUUUAGA